AUAAAGACUAUAAAACAAGCCUAGGCUUGGGGGAGCCUAGGUAAGCUGAGGGUGGCUCUGGGAAAGUACCAGGGGUGGGGGCAGCCUCAGUGACCACCUUGACCCCACCCCCCCCGGGGAAAAGUCUCUCCCCUCUGGCUGUAAUCCCACAGUUAGAACUUCAUAUCUUCAGCUUAAAGCUGAAUUUUCUGUUACCAUGUGGAUGCUCCAGGUGAAGGAGUCUUCGAAGAAGUGCCCUCUUGCCUGGUGAAGAAGCCCGGAAAGAAAGAGGAUGGCAGCAACAUGGUAUGCCUCUGGUUGAGAAUGUCGUCACCUUCCAGAUGGGUCAGAAUCUGCUGGAACCAGAAGGAGAGAAGAAGAUCCUGAUGAAGAAGAUGAUGGCAGAUCCAAGAGGAGCCACUGGAUUCCCUCUCUAGCAGCGUCCGCCGGCAGGCCAUGGAGACCCUGACCCAGCUGAGUCACAAGCAGCCAGUCCUGGGGUUGCGGGAGAGGUCAGAGCUGGUGAAUGCAUGUGUGAAGAGCGUGUUCUCCCUGCCCUCUGUGCAGGCCAUGCAGGAGAAAGACGAGGCUAAGGCUGAGGCCAUACAGAUACUUUACCAUCAGACUCUGGAUGCACUGCAGACGCUGCUCAAUGCCCUCUUUAUUGAGGAUCCCACUCCUGUUGGGCUGAAGAGCAUCUUGGAGCCUCUGGGGCCCUGGAUGUACUCUGAGAAGGCCCAUGAGAGAGCACGGGCUGUGAACAGCAAUGUCUCCGUGUUGAACCACACACUUCUGACACUGCCUUUCUUUAUGUCCUCGGGGUUCCCGGCACUGGGGCUUCUGCUGGGGAGGCUCAUCCUUCGCAUCGGGGAUCCUGACGAAGAGAUUGGCCGGGAAGCUCUGGACGGCAUCACCAUCCUUUACACCAUCCUGGAGCUCCAAAAGCGAGCCAGAGACAAGGAGCAGACCAACAAGAUGGACCUCUAUGAGACCAACAAGCGCUUCCUGGGGCCUUACAACCCUGUCAGCCCGUGCCAGAACAUCCUGCGUGUGAUCUCGGAAUUUGGGGACUUCCUGGGGCCCCAACAGGUAAAGGACCUGCUGCUGGCAGCCCUGGAAGGGCUGAAGGGUGGCUCAGAGGCUCUCGGGAAGGACUUGGGGGAGAUGAUGCAGCUGGCUUCGGAAGUCACGCUCAGCUCGGUGCUGGAGUGGUACCGGAACAGGGCGCUGGAGGUGAUCCCAGAAAUCAUGCAGGGCAUCUAUGUGCAACUGAGCCACAUCCAGGAGCCGCGGGCCCGCGAGGUGGCCCUGCUGCCUGUCUCCCUUCUGGCCAGCUCCUUCAUGACUGAGGUUGUUGUGGCCCUGCUCAUGUGCCCCCUCCCGCUGGACAGCAAUGGAGCAGAGAUGUGGAGGCAGCUGAUACUGCGCAAGCCCAGCUGUGAUGUCCGAAACCUCCUGGAUCUGCUCCUGACCAGCCUUAAGGAGAAGCCUGUCACUAAGAAGGGCCGGGCCUCCAUCGUGCCCCUAGCGGCAGCCAGCGGCCUGUGUGAGCUCCUGUCUGUCAACAGCUGCAUGGGCCGCGUGAGGCGAAUAUACCCCCAGCUGCUUCUGGCCCUGCUCAUUCAAGUCCACUACCACAUUGGCCUCAACCUUCCUGGGUGCAUGGCCUCCCGAAAGGAUACCAAGGAUGCACAGCCACCUGCCUUCGUGCCUGUCCGCUGGGUAGUGAAAGUGGUGAAAACCCUGCUGCUGAAGAUGGGUUGCUCCUAUGAGGCCACCUUUUUGGAGGACCAGGGCGGCUGGGACUUCUUGGGGCAGGCUGAGAACCACCACCGUGGAGUGUCCCUGCUGGCAAGGGCCAUGGUGCACUACUCCUGCCAGGAGCUGUGCCGCAUCCUCUACCUGCUCAUCCCCCUCCUGGAGCGAGGCGACGAGAAGCACAAGAUCACCGCCACUGCCUUCUUCGUGGAGCUCCUCCAGAUGGAGCAGGUACGGCGGAUCCCCGAGGAGUAUUCUCUGGGGCGGAUGGCAGAAGGCCUGAGCCACCGCGACCCCAUCAUGAAGGUGCUGUCCAUCCGAGGCCUGGUCAUCCUGGCCCGCAGGUCCGAGAAGACAGCCAAGGUGCAGGCCCUCCUGCCCUCCAUGGUGAAGGGUCUGCAGAGUGUGGAUGGGCAGCUGGUGGUGGAGGCGAUCCACAACCUCAAGACCAUCUUCAAGGGGCAGGACCGGAAGUUUUCGGAUGGCUUGGUCUAUGUGGAGAUGCUGCAGGUCCUGCUGCCACACUUCAGUGACUCGCGAGAGGACGUGCGCUGCUCGUGCAUCAACCUGUACGGGAAGGUGGUCCAGAAGCUGCAGUCCCCAUGUACCCCGGCCAUGGAGGAGCAGCUGAUUGGCACCUUGGUGCCCCUAUUGCUGGUCAUGCAAGAGGGCAAUGCCAAGGUGAGCCAGAAAUGUGUGAAGACCCUGUUCCGCUGUUCUUGCUUCAUGGGUUGGGAGUUGCCAAAAAGAGCUUACAGCCGGAAGCCCUGGGACAACCAUCAACAGACAGUGGCCAAAAUCUGCAAGUACCUUGUGAACACUCACCGAGACAGUGCCUCCAAGUUCCUCAGCCAGAGCCUGGAGUAUGCCAAGAACUCUCGGGCCUCUCUCCGGAAGUCCUCGGCCAUGUUCAUAGGGUCCCUGGUCCCCUGUAUGGAGAGCAUAAUGACAGAAGAUUGUCUGAAUGAAGUUAAAGCCGCUCUGGAAAACUUGAGACAUGACCUAGAAGCAUCAGUGUGCAUCUGUGCAGCCCAGGCCCAGGACCACAUCCUGGCCAGCUGCUGGAGGAACUCCUGGCCACUGCCACAUGGGGACUCAUGGGUGUGCGACCCGGCCACCACACACCGCUGGAGCCCCAGCUGCGAGAACCUGCCCACUUCCCACCAACGGCGGUCCUGGAUCAUGCAGGCACUGGGCUCCUGGAAGAUGUCCCUGAAGCAGUGACAUCCCUGAGCCCCCGGCCCUUCUCAGGGGUGGCCGUGGCCCUAGCCUGCUCCCUAUAAAUGCCAUGUGGCUUACCUCUCC